AAAUUAUUUUUAUUGCCAUAUUUGUGUUUUUUAGACGCUCGUUAGUUAGCUUGUAAAUGCGCCCAGUCUGCCGUGUAUAACUUCAACUGUUGAACAAUGCUUAGCAAUGAUGUAUAUAGUGUCACACUGGAUGCAACCAAAGUUAUUGCGUUUGCCGUUUUGUUCAAAGUCUUUAGCAUUUUGUUGGUCGCAUAUGGACCAGUCCCGUCCAAUACUAUAGCAAUCGGAAAGCAGUUCCGCUGGUACAACAUCACAGUUUCUCUCCUACACUCAACUAUAACAAGCCUUGGUGCUUUGUACUGCUUUUAUCUCGAUCCAGACCUAACAUCUGACAUCAGUAGACGUUUCACCCCAGCUGCCCAUCUUAUCUCCUGCCUCUCAACUGGAUACUUUGUCUACGAUUUUACAGAAGCAAUAAAACGCAAGAAAAUCUCGUCAACUUGGGAAAUUAUAAUCCACCACACCGUUGUUAUAAUCUGCUUCGGAAUUGCAGUUUUCUCGCAUCAAUACGUCAGUUAUGUGAUCGUCGCUCUUCUAUGCGAAAUCAACUCAGUAUUCCUGCAUGCCCGGCAACUUUUAAAUCUCUCUGGCGUAUCGCCCUGCUCAGGGGUGUACCGCUUUAAUGGGAUACUAAAUAUCUCAACUUAUGUCUUGUUUCGCAUCUGUACUCUCGCCUGGAUGACGCGUUGGAUCGUCCUACAUAGAUCCUCCAUCCCCCAGCCCUUCCAGACAGCUGGUAUCCUUGGGAUGAUGGUAAUGACGGUCAUCAACGUCAUUCUAUUUGCUCGCCUCCUCUUCAAAGACUAUGUGAGCUCCGGUGUCACAAGCAAGCCCCAACAUAGUUUAAACAAUAAUGUUGUAAAGGGAAAAAACACAUAAAUAUUUCCUUAACCACACUAUUAAAUAAUUAACAAUCCUGAUUACACUUCACAUGCAAUUACUAAGUUGUUUCUAAUUCUGUGUACAGUCUUGCUUUUCACUCCCGCUUUUUGUUUUAAUACCAAUAGCAACAAGCAUGUAUUAUUAUUCUUACAAACUUAUUGUUUAGUUUUAACCAAAGCUUGACUCCUACUGUAUAAGUUGUAUUAAUAUCAAGAUUGUAGCAAUCUCAUUUCUUGCAAAACUUUUAUAUUUUAAAAGUACACCCGUCCGAUAAUAGAACACAAUACUCGUUUAAAAUCAAGUAGCCGUAAUCUCAUGCCAACCACGUGUCUUCUCGUUACCAUUACCCUAUGCAUACAUUUUCAAUUAUUUCCCUUGGAGGUGUAUUACACAAAUUUGUGCAGUGUUCUCGGAGACAAACCUGGUUAUUUGGAUCGUUUUAUCAUGUACCUUUAUCGGUGUAAAUGGCCCAGUGUUUUUAGGCACAUGUUUGGAUGUUGUAACCAGUUUAUCUAUGCAUUUUGGUCCUUUCAUAUGUUGCAGUGUGUAGUGUAGGGUGGGUGGUAGGCGUAUAGAUUAUCCUUUUUAGAUUACGAGGUAUUACUCAAUAAAUCAGACCUCAAUCUGACUAUAGACGUACUCUACUUAAAGUUAUAUAUUUCCACUUAAAACUAAAGCCUAUGGAUAUGGCUAAAACAAUUCAAAAAGUAACUGCUUUUUUUAAAAUGAUAUAUCUAUUUAUAAUUCUUUAACCAAAAACAUAUAAUCUAAUGAAAGAUAUAUCGUAGCAAAAAAUGGAAAUGCUAUAGUUUAACUUGUGAAACAUACUUUAUUAACUGUAUUAUCUAGCGUCUACUAUUUCAUUUCAACUGUAUUACACCUACUUCUAAUACCCAAUAUGACAGGUUCAUACCAGUAUGUAAAGGUAACUGCGUAUUAUAUUUACAACUUAAGCAAAUUAAAGAACAAUUGUAAACUCUUGGAAUGCUAUUUUAUUCAGCCACUUGUUUGCCUUUACUUCAACUUAAGAUUUUUAUACAUUGCAUGCUUUAACCCAGUGAGUGAAUUACUUAAAUGUGUAUUAUCAUUGUUUCAUUUCAGGACUUAAAGUAAUAAUGUCAUUUUUUGGUUUGUUUGCUUUUUUUUGUUUAAAAGAGUUUCAUUUUACCUGUGUGUUGUUAUUGUACUUGCCCUACUAAAUUGUUUACUCAUUCAAAAAAACAUUUCGAAAUCAAAAAUGUCUCAAUUUCAUUAAAGCGUUUUAUUUGUAAAAUUGCCAUCAUUUUUCUCCUUAAUUAAAAGACUAUUAUUGUAAGAGUUAUUAAUACAUAGUACCAUUAUACAAGCUUCUUACACAUUUUACUAACAAACUUUUUGUAUACAGUCUUUAUAACUUGUGUUAAUGGCUUGUGUUAGUUUAUAUUGCAUAUUGUAAACAGUAAUACUGAUCCUCUACUGAACAUUACA